CCACCUGAUCUUUGGGGGCUCGUGCCCCAUAUAAAAGGCUGCGUUAGUGCUGAGCUCAGCUAGUAGUCAUCUCUCUCCUCUCUGUAUCUCUCCCUCUGUACGUAAUUUCUCUCUCCUCUCACCAGCCUUCUGUCCCUUUCCAACCUUUUCUAUCUCUCUUCUCUGGGCAAAGAGGAUAUUCAGGCCAAAAAGAGUUGUCUGUUGUUUUUUUUUUUUUUUUUUUUUUAAGAGGAACAUUUCCAGAGCAUCAGUAUUUGCGUCAUCAGCCUCCAUUUUGGUUUCUUAGACUUUACCUUUUUUCUUCAAGUGUUUUUGUAUUUUUUUUCCGUAAUAUUUCCAUGUGGCUCUAGCGCUUUUGACUGUUGUGACAAUGCCACGUUCCUUUUUGGUUAAACAACUGAAAGUCCAUGACUUCACUACCUCCGGUCAUCAUCAUCCUCACCACCAUCACUCGGCUGGAUCUUAUUCUGUGACACGUGCCAUCACCGAGUCUGCAACCAACUUGGCGGUCCGUUUAAGUGAAAAUGGAUACAUCCAGGAUUACCUCAUUCCCUCUGUGUGCCAGAACACAAAGGAGGCAGGGUUGCCGAGAGGGGUCCUCAACGUCCUCUCCUCAGGACCCCUGUACUCCCCGAGGAAUGCAGGGGGGGGGAGCGGGGGGGAGGAGUUCUCCGACCACGACAUGGAGCAUCCCGACAGCCCCCGCUCCAGCGCUGCCGAGUCGGAAAGCAGCAGCUGUCUGGAGUCCGAGAGCUCCGAGGGCUUCUCCCCCGCCUUCCUCAUCUCCGAUGGCCGCUCCCGGAGAGCGACCAGUCAGAGGUGCCCCCGCAAGGGAAGCAACCCUGACAGCAGCGACGAGGUGACCUCUACAGAGUCAACACCAACCAAGGGCAAGUCAAAGGGGCCAGGACGUUACACGUGCGGCGAGUGCGGCAAAACCUAUGCCACCUCCUCCAACCUGAGUCGCCACAAGCAGACGCACCGCAGUCUGGACAGCCAGCAGGCCAGGAAGUGCCCCACCUGCCAUAAGGCGUACGUAUCCAUGCCUGCACUCGCCAUGCACAUGCUCACUCACGACUUGCGCCACGAGUGCAACGUAUGCGGCAAGGCAUUCAGCCGACCCUGGCUCCUUCAGGGUCACAUGAGGUCACACACGGGGGAGAAGCCCUUUGCCUGCGCCCACUGUGGCAAAGCCUUCGCUGACCGAUCCAACCUGCGCGCCCACAUGCAGACACACUCGGCCUUCAAGCACUACACCUGCAAGCGGUGUGACAAGAGCUUCGCGCUGAAGUCUUACCUGAACAAGCACUAUGAGUCAGCCUGUUUCAAAGGGUCUGGGGACGAGGAUGACUGCAGCUCCGAAGACUGAGCAAGUCACAUCCACAACAACAACAACAACAACAUUUUGGAACUUUGUCCCAUCCAAGUUAAGAGACAUUCAGUUAGCACUUCAGAAAAUAAAUUUAAUAUCAAGAGGUGAUUCAAAUAACUGAAAUCUCUCUUGCACGUCUUCCUGCUCCCGCCUUUAAUGAAAGCAAUAACGCCACUUACCUUUCCUCUUACAACUGGAAGAUAAUAUUAAUAACUGAUAAUAACUGAUAAAUGACUCAAAGCGCAAAGGUGGAUGUUUGGACUCAAUUUCUAAAUGAUGGACUGUUUAUUUGGCUGCAAUAUUUCCAGUAAUAUUAUGUUAACCAGAGAGCUCUUAAUGACCAUCAAUUUCUUUAUUAUUAUGUAUUUGUGUAUUUAUUCAUUUAUUUAUGUAGUAUUGACUAUUUAUUGAUCAGAUGAUAUGAUUGAUUAUUUAUUGAUCAGAUGAUAUGAUUAUUUAUUUCUUAAUGAA